AUGGCUGAGGACAUACUUUAUGCUGAUAUAAAGUUCACUUCUCAGACAGGCUCUUCAAGCCUGCACAGCCCAUCGCAGCAACUUGGUGAGUGGUAGUGUCGCCUGAUUGCUUUUAAACAUUGGUGGUUGUCUUUGGGACGUGGGACUAGAAAGUAGGCACUUGGAACUUUCACCAGGAUGGUCAUUUGAGCUCCGCUUAGACCCCCAUGUUCCUGUGCCAUUUCUUUAUGGCUGCGAUCACGCAAAAUAGUUGGUGCAAGUGUGCGGGAAAAUUGCCCCGGCAUAUGGGAGGAAUAGAAUCCUGUACGAAAGGUUGCAUCUAAGCAAUGAAAAGUUGCCCUAAGUUCUGCUUUAGGGCAAAUUCAUUGAAAUCAACGAACCUAAAUUAGAUUUAGGUAGGUAGCCGUGUUGGUCUGACGCAGUAGAAAUAUAUAUAAAAAUAAAAUAAAUUGUCUAGUAGCACCUUAGAGACCAACUAAGUUUGUUCUUGGUAUGAGCUUUCGUGUGCAUGCACACUUCUUCAGGUAUCCUAAAUUAGUUAUGCCCAUUAACUUUCAUAAACAUGAACUGGUCUGCUUUGAGUAGGAAUAGCAUUCAAUACAACCCACAGAAAUUGAAGGGUGUAUAUGAACUACGCCUUCAGCUGAAGUAGCAGUUGAAGUAUUUUACUUUUGUGGGAUAGAGGGAAGGAUGAAUGAUGUGCGCAAGUGAAAUGUCAGUCUUUGUUAGUAACUGCCUUGGAAAACGGGAGAAUUCCACACGUAUCUGCUUAUUAACAUAGAUCAACUUAUGCUGACAAAAUUAUCUCAGUUUAACACUUGGAAUUCAGCGCACAAGCCGUGUUUGGAGCUCAUGCCUUCUAAUCUAACCACUUUAGAUUAAGGCAAUCUAUGGCUCCUUCACUGUCUUGUUUUCGGCACCUGCUAAAAACUUUUAUUUCGGCAAGCGUACCCAGGCAUGUAGUUUUAUUGUGUAAGUUCAAGCCGUAUAAUUGUUUUAAAUUUGCUUGUUUUAUUUAUUUUUUUAUUCAAAAGGAUGUGUUUUAAUGCUUGCUUUUACUGGUAUUUUAAUGAAUAUUUUAGAUAGUUUUUGUGAACUGCUUAGAGGCUUUCUGUCAAAUAAGCACUAAAGAAAAAAAUAGAUUGGAACAAAUAAAAAUGGGGUGUUCUUAUUUUUAAAAAGAAAAGCAAUAAGUAUAGCACAGUGAUCUGUACAACUCCUCCUCCAGAAAUUGGAUUUAGUGAUCAAAAUUCAGUUUUUGAUUCAGUGGCUGUUUCUUUGGCAAAUCAUUUUUAUUAUUAUUAUUUUGGUUUAGGCCCAAAAUGUGAUGCCAGAAUAUGAAAGGUUGUUUGUUUUUGUUUUUUGCUUUUUAAAUCCACUAUGUGGCCCAAUAAUUGAUGAUUCGCCUCCUCUCCCCACAGAUUUGAAAAUGUCUGUGAAUAUGUGAAUUGUGCUGCUAAUAUUUCUCCUUACAUCUAUAGAGCAGCACAUUUGGUGACUAUUUGGCAUAUUGGUGUGGUAAUAAAUUCAUAUGGGUGAACGUGUUGUGUGGGUAACAUUGCUUAUGGGUGGGAAGGUUGGCUUCCCCACACAUCAUAUCACUGCAUUUUUCCUGUAUCUGCACUCGGUUGGAGGCAAGCUCACUUUAGACUGCAUAAACACAUCCUUCAAUUUUGUAAAUUAGUCGUCACUCUUUAUAGCUGCUCCCCAGCACUCCCAUUGGAUCCAGAUCGCUCUGUGGGCAGCAUGCAUUGGGAAUGUCAUCCUCGUGAUUGCUGUGAUAGUCUUGGGUGAGUAUGAAAGUAUAUUUAUAAGUAGCUAUGCUUUUUUUGGGGGGGGGGGAGAGAAACAUAUUGGGGGGAGGAAUUCUCUAGUUAUCUCCAGCUUGGACUACUGCAAUGCACUCUACGUCACCUUUAAAGGUGACCCGGAAACAACAAUUAAUACAGAAUGCGGCUGCUAGACUGGUGACUGGGAGCGGCCACCGAGAUCACAUAACACUGGUCUUGAAAGACCUACAUUGGCUCCCAGUACGUUUCCGAGCACAAUUCAAAGUGUCGGUGCUGACCUUUAAAGCCCUAAACGGCCUCGGCCCAGUAUACCUGAAGGAGCGUCUCCACCCCCAUCGUUCAGCCUGGACACUGAGGUCCAACUUUGAGGGCCUUCUGGCGGUUCCCUCACUGUGAGAAGUGAGGUUACAGGGACCAGGCAGAGGGCCUUCUCGGUAGUGGUGCCUCCCUGUGGAACGCCCUCCCAUCCAAUGUUAAGGAAAUAAACAACUAUCUGACUUUUAGAAGAUAUCUGAAGGCAGCCGUGUUUAGGGAAGUUUUUAAUGUUUGAUGUUUUGUUUUGUUUUGUUUUUAAUAUCCUGUUGGAAGCUGCCCAGAGUGGCUGGGGAGACCGGCCAGAUGGGUGGGGUAUAAGUAAUAAAUUAUUAUUAUUAUUAUUAGUAGUAGUAGUAGUAGUAGUAGUAGUAGUAGUAUUAAAACCAACAACCAGUCUCUCGUUCCUAAUGUUUUUAUUAUGAAACGAGCACAGCAUUUUUUGACCUUCCGAAUGGGACUCCUCCUCACACAUCAGAAAAUACACAUUUGUUUUCUGCUUAAAGACAGUUUCCAAGAAGUUGGUUAGAAAUCAUCUUCCUGAUUAAAGGAAGGCAUAGACUUAUUGGUAUGCUAGUUUCUGAGAUGUAAUGUGACAGGAAGUCGAUGUAGGCUGCAAAUGAAUCUGAUAAAUUAGCCUUGAACUGUCUGGUGGUCUUAACCAUGCGAGGCGAGGGAUUCAAAGCCUUAUGCACACAUUCUAAUUCUCUCUUUUGAAAACCUGACCAAUUUUUAUGCACGUUAAUAAUGCAUGUUAGUAACUCAUUCUCAAAUUACCCCCCUUAAUAUCAAAUUGCCCCCCUGUGGGGCAUGGGGCCCAUGAUAGGAACCACAGCUGUAGAUGUUUCAAAAUCCUGCUCCCGGCGUAUUAAUCAUUAAUUCAAGGAAAUGUUUAUCUUUCUGAUUAUCAUCAAAUAUUCUGAGCAGCUCAGCUUUUAAUAUUCAUAUAGGAGAACCAGCAUGCCUCUCCAUGGCCACUGCUCUACCACAAGAGACUAGGGCCCUGCGGGACUUGACAUCUUCCCGCAGGGCCUGCAAGACAGAGCUGUUCCACCAGGCCUUUGGCCAAGGCACAGCCUGACCCCAACCCUUGGCAAUCCUCACAGAACUCUAGCCCAAUGGUUGGAGGGUCUGCUAUCAGCAACUGUUGGGGUAACAGGAUCCUUGCUGCGGGAAUGACAUUUCCCCCACCUCAGGGCUCCUCCACAUUUUACUCUAAAGCGGGUGUGAAUCCUCAGUUUUCUUCAGACUGAGUCACUGUAGUCCCCACAUGUGUGCAUUAGGUUUUGUAAAACGGUUUGAACCAGCUUUUUUGUGUUGAUACCGAUUUCCAAUUCCCCAUUUUGAUCUGGGCUAUGUCUUCUUGUUUCCAGCUCUUUAUUUGGUUAAUAACCCUUAAACACCCACCCACCCACCCAUGGAAGUAUGCUGUCUCUCUGUGUCUCUGUUUGGUGCUGUGAACAAUAUUUCGGUGACUUACGCUGAUAUCAAAGUGCAGCAACUGUCAAAAUUUGAGGCAUGGUGCUGUUUACCGUUGCAGGCCUGUUUAGCAUUUGCCGCUUGGCAGGGCCAGCUCAAAACAUCUUGCCAACAGAGGCAAAAUGCCUCACCCCCACAGAUCCGGGUCCCCGCCUCAGCCCCAUCACUGCAACUGCACCCUCACCUGUGGCUGCACCCGUGCUGCAAGAGUGCCGUGGUGAGGGUGCAGUGGCAGGGGUGAGGGCAACAGGGCUGCGUUGGCAGUGCGGGUGAAGCCCCUCAGGGCUGGGAGCAGCACAUAGGUGGGGAUGGGGUGGAGGACAGAUCCAUCACCCACCGAGACCACAUAACACCGGUCUUGAAAGACCUAUAUUGGCUCCGGUACGUUUCCAAGCACAAUUCAAAGUGUUGGUGUUGACCUUUAAAGCCCUAAAUGGCCUCGGCCCAGUAUACCUGAAGGAGCGUCUCUACCCCCAUCGUUCUGCCCGGACGCUGAGGUCCAGCGCUGAGGGCCUUUUGGCGGUUCCCUCGCUGCAAGAAGCCAAGUUACAGGGAACCAGGCAGAGGGACUUCUCAGUAGUGGCGCCCACCCUGUGGAAUGCCCUCCCUUCAGAUGUCAAAGAGAUAAACAACUACCUGACAUUCAGAAGACAUCUUAAGGCAGCCCUGUUCAGGGAAGUUUUUAAUGUAUGACAUAUUAGUGUAUUUUUGGUCUUUGUGGAAGCUGCCCAGAGUGGCUGGGGAAACCCAGCCAAAUGGUCGGGGUACAAAUAAUAAAUAAUAAUAAUAAUAAUUAUUAUUAUUAUUAUCACCUGAAACAAAUGGCUUCACCUCGCCUCAUGCAUGGGGCCACCCCUGCUGCUUGGUAACAGCUUCUGAAAGGAGACAGAGAGAUUAUUGUACUUUUGAUUUUUUUUAAAAAAUACUUAUCAGUGCUUUUUUUCUGGGGGGAUGCAGAAAUACGCAUACCCCUAAACAUUUUUUGAAUCUUUGUACUUUUGUCCGUUUACUGUAUUUAUUUUCCCUGAUUUGAACUAUAAAAUGGUGGUUAAAUAUAAGCACUGCUUAUUAUUAAACGUUUUCUUAGUUUACAAAAGUACCUGUGUUGCCUCUUUUAAUGUUUUUAGACAAGACUUGGACCAGGUAAAUUCAUUUUAAACUAUGUCAGUGAAGCAACGUAUUCCGAUUAGCUGUCAGUUGGGAGUAGACUGAAAGGUGAGGAGAAAUAAUGCCAGUUGGGAAAGUCAGUGAGGGAUGGAGGUGUGAGGAAAACACUUCCAAAAUCUGAGGUAAAAAUGGGUAUCUGAGGCCUGAAUAUCAAGCUGUUCUUCCCGAUUAUGUUAAUACUGUAAUGGUUUGCUGGUGAAUAUCAGAAGAAGGGAGCUGGUGUCUGUGUUAGGCCAAGAUGCAGCCCAGAUAAAGAUUUUGACAGAAAAAAAUGGAAGAAGUGUGUCACUUCUGCUCAUCCUGUAUAUUUGUAAAUAAAUGCAACUAUUACAAACUAUUACAAAGGAAGCUGAAAUUAGGGAAGCACUGAACCUUUGGAUCUUCUCAGUGCUUGGGGGAAUACAGUGCAAAAAAGAGAAAUAUCUCACAGAUUCCAAGAACCACAGGUUAUUUUUUUUUUUGGCAGUAUGCUUAAAUUGCAAAGGACUCUUCCUUUUUCCUGGCAUCUCUGAGGUAUAUUUUUGCACAUUAUUCUUGGAUGCUUCCUGGUUUUGUGGUUUUGGGAGGAAUAGGACAAUUGCAACAAUAUAUUCUGUUCUGAAAGCAAAUAGCUUCAAAAUCUUUCUGUCCUUAAAAAUGCUGAUAGAAAUCCCAUUGCCACAUAUUUUUGUCUAAAGAAAGCAGGGACUCCCUAAUGUUUGCAUAGGAGGAAUUUGGGCAGGUGUGUUUACUUACAUCCCUGCAUGAUAAUAUGUUUCUCCCAAAUUCCCUCCUCUGCACAAUGAGUAAAUAUACAAGUGUCCUGGUCUCUUUUGCAGCUUGCCUUCAUUAUCUUAUCAUAUCAAUCUUCUUCUCCCCAUUCCUUGGCCUCCAUAAUUUGAAUUUGUGCCUUAACAUUAUGUCCAUUCAUUUUAAUGACUUUAUUUGUUUUGUGGGGGCAGCUUUGCAGGUGGAACCUGAAAAGGAAAAAAUUGUGCUGAACAAUGGUGGAUGCAGUGCCUCAACAGACAAGUUUCAGGCUUUCCUAAGACUCAACUUCUGCAAUCAAAAUCAGAAUAGGUCCUCAGGUAGAAUUGAUAUAUUGUACUGCUGUCUCUUUUAAGCAUAGCAAUUGUAUGUAAGAACUUGCUUUCAGUUCACAUCUAUGUUGUUUUGAGGCAUAAAAGCUUCUGCAAAGAAACUCAUUCAUUGUGGGUGAAUCAUAGACUUAUAGAAUUGUAGAGCUGGGGGGAACCCCAACAGUCUCCUUGCAAUGCAGGAAUCUCAGCUAAAGCAUCCAUGGCAGAUGGCCAUCCAGCCUCUGCUUAAAAACCUCCAGGGAAGGAGAGUCCACAACCGCCCAGGGGAGACCGUUCCACUGUCAAACAGUUUCUACUGUUGUUUUUCCAGAUAUUUAGUCAGAGUCUCUUUCCUUGUAACUUGAAUCCAUGGUUUCAAGUCCAACCCUACUGAGCAGGAAAAAAACAGGCUUGCUCCAUCUCCUGUGUGGCAGCACACAUUCCAGCUUGUUAAAAUCCUUCUUAAAUUGUGGCACCUAGAAUUGGACACAUGACUCCAGGUGGUGUUCUCAUAGCUUGGUGGUAGAGUCCCAGAUUCCAUACCUGGUGUCUCAAACUGCUGCUGGUCAGUGUAGACAAAAUUUGAGCUAGAGGAACCCAAUGAUCUCCCUAAGAAUAGGGCCGCUCCCUAUGGUCCUGAAUUAUCAAGCAUCAAGUGGUUUCAUUCUAGAGCUAACUUCACACUCAACUCCGGCCAUUGCCUUUCUCACUAAGAGCCAGGUGAGGGAAGGGAGACCCACACAUUUUCCCUCUGGCACAAAGCCACUUCCUUUGCUAUACCAAGGACAGCAUUUAAGGCUAUUAAUAUGGAAUAGUUAAUAUGGAAUCCUCCAUUAGAUUUUAACCUUUUCUGGAUCCAGGGCACCAGGAAUUAUUAGGGACUCAGGUAUAAUGGAGACUGACAGCCCCCCCCCAAAAAAAACCCCCACCUCUCCACAGUAUUGUCAACACGGAGCUACCAUGAGACAGACUGUGGCGACCAACUUGGACAUGUAAGGCUGCAAUUUGUCUUGUAAACUCCAUCUCCAUCUUUGUCCUCUAGAGGGCUCCAGUUUCCUCUCUCUGAACUCAUUCAGAUGCAAAAACUACGUAAGUAAUAAACUUGCAUUUGCGAUGGUAUGAUGUGAGAGAUCUGUACUUUGAUCUCUGUAUGUUUUUAUACUCAAAGGCAUUUUGAGUGUGCAGGGAGGACUGAAUUGGAGCAGGACUAUAAAAGAAGCUUUAAAGGGGGCCAAUCUGAAUCAAGCUGCACGCCUGUUCCCCAUAAAAAUUAUCUCCCCACCUGACAGCUAUUGUCUCGCCUCCCCCCAUUCUCCCCUAAAAACCCCUUCUGGCUCAAACAGAGGGCAUGUUUUUGGGUGAGAAGCCAGCACUGAGACCUGGUGGAAAUUGGGAGCGUAAUCUGGAUCAGGGCUCUUCCUCCUUCAAAAUAAAUGUGGCAAAUGUAACUACACUUUAAAAAAAAGAAAGAAAGAAAGAAAAAGAAAAAGAAAAAGAAAAGAAAAGAAAAGAAAAGAAAAAAGAAAAGAAAAAAAGUGAAUAACAUAAAAAGUUGUUGGACCCCAACUUUGAGGAGUUUCAAAGAGCACCUUGCAAACCAACAAUUUACUGGACAACUUCACUCAGCCUAGUGACACUGGGUCUUUACCAUUGCAGAGCAGUUAUGUUUAUACAAUCGAAAUGGAGGCCCAGUCAUAAUCAUUAAGUGUCUUUCCUUCCACAGAUAAUUCCACUUGCAAAGUGUGCCCUUUGCAAUGGCAGCUCCACAGGGACAAGUGCUACUGGUCAUCAGAAAAUAUUAAAAGCUGGAAUGAGAGCCAACGUGACUGUUCAACAAGGGAUUCUCAACUGCUGGUCAUCCAAGACAAGGAGGAGCUGGUAAGGGGACAAUUGCAUAUUUCAGGCAAUGCAUUCGCAUGCAUGUUAAUUCUGAAGGAAGCCUGAGUCCAACUGAGCUUAACUCUAGCUUAGUAGCUCUGCAAUGAUAACAUGGUUGGUGACUUGAGAAGCAUGUGGAGUGUGGGGCCUUGUUUAGUGCUUCAUCCCAUUCCCACCCACGGCCAGUUCAUCAGUGUCUAGAGAAGGCCUUGGGGAGCUUGACUAGUGAGAACCAAAGUACCCAUUGCAAGCAAAUCUCUGUAACUGUAGCCCAAGUCCUCUUUUUAUUUAGAAAGACUCUUUAGGAAGGUGAGGUUGGUUGUGGAGCAGUGGGAGAGGAGGAGCUGGUGUUCCCCUUGUUUUCCCCCCAUUCCACAUGGCCUUUCAGCGGCUUUUCCCCAUGGAUGCUUUAAAGCGUGUUUGGAGGCUUUUUCAAUGGUGUUCCCCAUAUACACAAUUUCACUUAAAUGCACAGUUCCUUGCAACGUAACCCUUGUGUAAAUAGGGAGGCCUGCAUUAUAAAUGCUUAAUGCUGCUUUGAUUACUGUUCUUGGUGAAUGUUUCGUUAUAAUUAAUAUCAACUUUCACAUUUACUACUUUAUUUUACUUUAAUGUAAGCUUUAUUCUGAAGUUAUCAACUUGAAAAUAAUUUAACAAUUUUUUUUAAAUAAAAAACACAUUAUCUCAUGCAGGAUUUCAUAGAAAGCAUUACUAAAAAUUCAAAAUACUGGAUUGGACUCUCACUAUUAAAAUCGAAGAAGAAAUGGAUGUGGAUUACAGGCUUCCAGCUUGAUCAGAGUCUGUGAGUUAUUAUUGUUUUUAAUCUAAGCAAAAAAUCAUACAAUUUUGACUUUUGAGAAAUUGGGAAAGGUCUGAGAUGGCAAGUUUCUAUACCAUGAAGUCAUGCAGGUAGUUCUAUUUUUAUUUUUAUUCACUGGCCACUUCGCUCCCCACUCAUGGUCUCAAUUGAAGUUCCCCCCUUUCUCCAGAACACUGGUUCUUGGGGGGAAGGAAAGAUCUUUAGGGGUGUGAAUGGAAUAUUUUCCCUAUUUAUAAGUGCUAUAUGGAACCGCAGUGGCAGGGAGUGGAGGUGUAACCCUUCCCACUUUUUUUUUUUUAAAAAUGCAAAGUGAAAGAAUAGUAGAAAAUCCUCAUGCUCCUUGCCAUAACCAGUGACAACACCCUUCUCCAUGGAAUUCUUAAAAAAACUUCACCCUGUUUCUAUUUCCAAGGCUUUCUUUCACUCCUAACACACACAAAUGGUCAAAAAGAACUGGCCAAAAAUAUUAGCCUGACCUAAGAGGAAAAUCAGAGAAGAGAGAAGAAAGGGAAAACUGGCAAGUUAUUGGCAGUUAAUGAUGGGUGCCCCCCCACCAUCCCAUUUAUUUUGGGGUUGCCAACAGACCGGUUUGAGUUUAAUGUAGUUGGGAAUGUGCUGAGGUCCAAAUAUGGAUAAGCAAGCCAACUCCUGCUCUCAAGUUCCUAUAUCUGCCCAAUUGCCCCCAUUUCACUAAUUCUUCCUAGGUGGCAAAUUGGUAGGUCAUUUUCAUUCAGAGGCGUAGCAUGGAGGUGCCACUGCUCCGGGCACAAUUUGGAGAGGGGGUGCAGACAGGCGUCCCACAGCAGGCUCCUUCAUCAGAGCCUGGCUCUGCUUCAGAAGGAGCUGCUCCUUGGUUACAGCGCUUGUGCCUGGUGCCAGGGGAGGAGAGCAGGCGAGGGGGAGGCAGCGCUGCUCUGCCACUUGGUCACUUCUGACGUGGUGGUGGAGAGCAGGAGGAGAGUGGGUAGCAGCUUCCCCAACCCUCUCCUACUCUGAACUGUGGCGCAGGAGGGCACUCUCUGUGCAUCACCCUUUUGGGAGCGUGCCGCGGGCAUAUGCUCCACCACUGUUUUGAUUUCCAGAUCCCUGGUGGAACAUCAACCACUGCUGCAAUCCUCCUUCCCAGGCCCCAAAGUCUUGGGGCAGGAAAAGGUGGUGAUGCUCCCACUAUCAAGCUCAGCAUGACUUUCUUCACUCUCUCCACUUUGAUGCAAGUUUGGAGGAUUCAAAUGCAUACAACCUGCUUAUUGUACAUUUUGGGAACACUCAUGCUUUCUAUUAAGAAUAUGAAAAAAUAGUUGUAACAGACUUCAGUCCUGAUAUUCAGAUGUACCCUUUUCUUCCACAGAUUUCCAGAACCAAACUAUGCUGAAGGAAACUCUUGUGCUGCAAUAAGAUAUAAAAUUAUCUAUGAACGCUGCAGUACUGCACUUAGGUGGAUUUGCCAGAAAGGCCCUCUCCUACUCUGA